AUGUUAACGAGGAACAGAAAAUCUGACGACUUGACAGAGUCAAAUGGUCAUAAACUCAUCAAUAAAUCGCACAAGGUCCAUCAUCGAAUAAUUCUAGUUCGAAAACAUUGUUUGGAAGUACAAGGUGAAAAUGUUGCAUCAUCAAGUGAUGAUGAUAUUCAAACACGAAAAUCUUCUCGAAUGGCUGCAAAAGAGAUCUCUUCUGAUUCAAAUGAGAAUAAUGGCACAUUAUAUAUUGAUGAAAAUUCGAAUCGAUCGUCCUGUUCAUUUCAAGCAUUAGAUAAUUUACCAGGUGUAACAAAUUCAUCGAUAACGAUCACUCGGAAAUGCGAUAAAGCGACUUCCAUGUCAGCAUCAGAUAGUUCGUCUUCAUCGGAUGAUGAAAAAUUAACUUCACCAGCAGAAUCUUCCGAAGAAGAUGUUGAAAUUUCAACGCACCAAUCAUACCAUCAACUUGUUCAAGAAAAUCUCCGUUUAAAAAAGAAACUGAAAUUUUACCAACUGAAUUAUAUUCCAAGGCCAACUACUUCAUCAAUAAAGCAUGUUCGUGGAGUUCGUGGUAUCUUCGAUACUGAUCCAUCGACUAUGAAAAGGAAAGAGAAGAAAUUUCGUGAAAAAUUUAAUAUCACAAAAAGUGAUAUCAAUGCAUGGAAACGAAGAGGUUCUAUAACAAAGACUUGUCGCGAUCUAGUCAAACAUCUUUAUCCUUCGCGUGAUGUUCAACGCUCAAUGGCAAUUUCAAAAAUGUCGAAGAAACAGAAAAAUGAAAUAGUCGAAUUUGCACGGGUCAUUCAUCUCGAUCAACGAGAUAUUUCUGAUGGGUUGCUUCGAAAUGCUAUGGGAAAUGUAUUUUCUUCCGAAAAACAUAAAAAAGACAAAGCUUGA